AGUGCCUCCUUCCGACAGCAGCCACACUAGACCGCUCCAAUCUGUACGGCCGACGUGCUAUGCACCGGGCGUUGGCUCUUCUGCCGAGGAGGAGCUUUAUUGGUCGUCCGAGGGCCAUCUCACGAGGCGAGUCCACUGGCGGGGGUGCCAGUUACUGGGCAGAGCUGCAGCUCCCUUUGUCACCGUGUGCAGGAGAGGCAUCCGCUGCCGAAAUCUGCGGCCGACUCCAGGCAGCUUCUGACAGCUUCCCGUCAUCUACUGGCAGCUUCCGAGCGCAGCUUUCCACAGCUCCGAGAUGAGCCGACUGCUUCUGCCGCAACUGCUGCUGGUGGCGACCCUGCUGGUGGUAUGCAUUCUCGAGGCGACUCGGUGCUCCACCACGCCGGCUAGCCCGGAGACCGUGUCCGUGGCCGGCGCCCCGGCGCGCACCAAACCCACCUCCGACGGGUGUGGCCCCAGCCGGUACAGUCUGCUGGGGCGGUGCUACAAGCGGCGCGGUGCGGGCACGCUGUGCCUGUCCGACUCGUGGUGCCGCUCCGGCCGCUGCCGUCUCGGCCUGUGCCAUCGCGGCACUGGGGACUGCCGCUCCGACCAGCCGGCCUGCGGCACUGGCCAGGAGUGUGUCAGCACAGCAGACGGCUGGGUCUGCCGGGCACCCACUGGAGCACUGGCUCUGGGAGCCGCCUGUGCGCGGGACAGCGAGUGUGCCACGGGGGCGUGUAACACCGAGACCGGCUCGUGCGACUGUCCGACCGACUUCACCUCCUGCGCUGGGCAUUGUUACAGGGCCACCAAAUUCCAGGCUGAACUGAGUGAUGCUUUGAACGUGUGUCACGCCAUGGGCUACAUCUUGGCUACACCAAGAAGUGCAGAAGAAGAUGCGUGUCUGUUGUCUUUCAACCUCACAAGUGACCAUUUAGUUUAUCUUGGCUAUAUGAGCAUCGGAGACGAUCAGUUUAUUGGUGAUGAUGGCGAACUGAUGACCUACACCAACUGGGCGGAAGCUGAUAACUUCGUUGGUGAGGAUGCUGUCGUGUUGGGUAGUGUAUUGACCCAGUGGAUUAAAGUUCCUACCUCUGGACAAUACGACGCUUUGGUAGUCUGUCAAACUGCCUAACCAAUAGAGUGUAAACUAGUAUGUGUUCGAUAAAAAUAAUGACAACACUGCUGUUUUGUUAACCCUCGCCUGACGCUCGAACAAGCGAUUUUACCAUCUUAGAACG